AUGGCCGACGAACAGCUCAGGGCGGAGGAGCUGCAGCAGAGCGUCAUGAUGUCGGAACACCAGGCUGAGGCCAGUACCGCUGACGGGGACGUCGCAAUGGUCGACCAAGUCACUAUUACCUCCGAGAUGUCCAACAUCAUCGCCAAGCCCGAGCCUAGCGAGGCCGACGAAGACCAAGAGAUGCACGAUGCACAGGAAGAGAACGACCACCACGACGAGGAAAUGGGCGAAGGCGACGAUGCCGAACACUCGGACCAAGGCAGCCACGACGGCCAUGAUGACCACGACCACCACGAAGACUCCGGUGAUGAACACGGCGAAGAAGAGGAACACGACGGUGAAGACCCCGAGGGGUUCGAUGAAGAUGCCGAAGGAGACGAGGGCGACUCCGUCCACUCCGAGGAACAUACCUCGCAACAACACCUACCAAGCGUGGAGGAGGACCAUGACGAUGAUGAGGACGACGAUGACGAGGGUGUCGGAGCCGUCAAAAUAAAACCGGGUGACACUGACCAUAGCGAAAGUGAAAGCGGGGAGGAGGAAGACGACCAUUCCAAGACGAAGACCACGACCCGGCCGAGGAAUUCGAGGAGUAUCUUGCAUGUGCUGGAUGUGGAGACAACGUGUGCAAGGGAAGCGAAUGCGUUGCCCAGUGAUCAAGCACUCGACGCCUGGAAAUGUCCGAAUUGCGCCAGUGAAGAAGGGUCACAAACCGCCGCGGGGAAGAAUCACGAGCCGACGCAGGUGAACGGGACGGAAACCAUUACCCACCCCACCACACGCCGAGCGUCAGCACCCAAACUGGCUAGGGACCUUCUGCCUCCUCAAAAACACACAAACCCGGAUUCCCACUCCGUCUUCAACCAACUCGUGCUGGACGAGGAUCCUAUGGAUGGAUCUCGCGUACUUAGGAAACGUAAGACGUCUUCAGUAGAACCCCCAGAGCACAUAAUUAGCCUUAGGAAGCGACGCCGGAACACCGUGGGCACCGAAGAAGAACCCGAUGAGAGCACAGCCGGCCACGACGAACAAGCGAGGCCGACCUCGGCCCGGUCAUUGCGAAUUAAGAUCUCCAAUCCUGCAGCCCCGGUCAACAUCGUCAAGAAGACACGAAGUAGCAUCUUGCUGCGCAUGCGUGUAGAUCCCACCAAGUUACAGCAGAUAACAUCGCAACCACCCAAGGGGAACAGCAAGCGAUCAAGUCGGUCUGCUCGAUCAGGUCGAUCCGGCCGUUCAGGACGGUCUGGGCGUAAAACGUUAGGAAGGUCAGGUCGGUCGCGCAGGGCGGCCGCAGCAGCUGAUGCAAUGGAACCUUCCACGGCACCGUUCGCUAGCACAAGCUAUACCCAACCAUUUUAUUCCUUCUACGAUAAGGAGACGGAUGAACUCAAAGGAAAGCCAUACGGUGGCAUCCUCACCGACGCCGAGGCGGAUACGUCCAAGACACUACCUCAACCCGAGGAUCGUCGGCGUUUCGAUGAAGCGAAGCAAAUGGCCGAGGAGGAAUGGCGACAACGACUCUUGAAGAUGCAAGCCGAGAUCGAAGCACCAGUCAAGAAGUCCAAGAAGACGGCCGGUCCAGCCAGCCAAAUCGAGUGCAUCGAGUUCGGAGGCUGGGAGAUCGACACAUGGUAUGCCGCACCGUAUCCCGAGGAAUACAGCAGGAACCGGGUUCUAUAUAUCUGCGAAUUCUGCCUCAAGUACAUGAACUCCGACUAUGUGGCAUGGAGACAUAAGCUUAAGUGCCCCGCAAAACAUCCACCAGGCGACGAGAUUUAUCGCCAUGGCUCGAUAUCCGUCUUCGAGGUCGACGGACGCAAAAAUCCGGUCUACUGCCAGAAUCUCUGCUUGCUGGCCAAGCUCUUCCUUGGGUCCAAGACCCUCUAUUACGACGUGGAGCCAUUUCUCUUCUACGUCCUCUGUGAAUAUGACCAAUAUGGCUACCAUUUCGUCGGAUACUUUUCCAAGGAAAAGCGCGCGAGUAGUCAGAACAACGUCUCGUGUAUUCUCACCUUGCCUAUCCACCAACGAAAGGGAUACGGCAAUCUCCUGAUCGACUUCUCCUAUCUCCUCACCAGGGUCGAGCAAAAGACUGGCUCCCCAGAAAAGCCUCUUUCCGACAUGGGCCUCGUGUCUUACCGGAACUACUGGAGGUUGGUGAUGUGCAAAUAUCUCCUUGAGCACUGCUCCAGUGAUCCCAAGGAGAAGAAAGGUCUGAGUAUCAAGAAGAUCUCCGAUGACACGGGCCUCACGCCAGACGACGUCAUCUCAUCAUUGGAGGGCUUGAGAUGUUUGGUGCGCGAUCCCCAGACCCAACUUUAUGCCUUCCGCGUCGACCUACCUUACUGCCGGGAGUACGUCGCAAAGUGGGAGGCCAAGAAAUACGUUCAGCUGGAACCAAAAGCCCUCACAUGGACUCCUUACGUUAUGGGCCGGAGCAAUGCCACGAACUUUGAGCUUGGGCCAGCACUAAACGCCAUCGCCCCUAGGGAGGACGACGAGACCAAGCCAACGGUUGAGGAAGGAACCGUCCUCAACGGUGAUGCUUCUCAGCCUGACGGUCUGGCAAACCAGGUCGAAAAGAUGGAGAUUGACACCUCAGCUCCAACCAUUCUCGAGUCAACCGAGCCCAACGAGCUGGGUAUCAUCCAGCCCGAAGUUAUCUCCCCUCGAUCCGUCCUUAAAACCAACGGUCUCUUUCCCAACGGCUCCGUCCACGGCUCCGUCCACCCUAACGACGACCACGACCGGAAAGCUAAGACCGAACCGGACGCCGAUGGCGAAGAUAAAGAGAACCCCGACGACUGGAUGGCCCAAUAUGAGGGUAUCCCGCCUACUCGCUUCGAGGUCGUUCCACCGGUCAACACUUCCCGGCGCGGAGCCGGCGUCGACCGCAUCCGAAACACUGUUGCCCGCCUACCAGCCGUCCGCACCAACAGCGGCAGCGCCGCCCGGCCACGAAACCCUCGCCGUACGAGCGGUGUCCGCCGCGUAUCUUCGGCCAUCAAGCCCCGCAGUAGCAGCAGCAGCAAGCGCAAAGCAGGUGGCACCGGUCGCGGGCCUGGCCGUUGGCCCAAGGGUACCAAGAAGAGCGACUACGGUAACGCCGAGAGUGGCCCGGGUUUUCCUCCUGGUUGGCUGGCGAAGCAGAAAUCGCUCGAUUCUACGACGCCGAAGAAGGAGGGCGAGGAAGGGAUGAGGGAUACGGUGCAUGUUACCCCUACUGCGGAGAGCGCCGCCGGUUACAACAUGAGCGGUAGUGGCAGUGGGAGUGGGAGCCGGAGUGCUAACUCUUCUGGCGCGAACGGAAACGGAGAGGACGCUGGGAGUGCCGAUAACGGCGACAGCUUCAAUGGCGGCGGAGAAGACGAACAAGCAGAUAUUACCAUGAAGGAUGACGACAAUUAGGAAUCAGUAGCGUUAUCAUGGAGGCCGGAGAUGACGAUAAGAGGAACAGGAAGU